AUGGCGUCCCGCAGGUCAGCUCGACUGAGCGCCCAGACAGACAUCAAAAUCCCACCUCCUCCUACCAUCACAGCACCUGCCCCUCCGGCGCCAAAAGGCCGGAAGAGAAAGACUCCGACAGAACCCGCACCAACCGAUCCGGCCCCGUCUUCUGACCCGGUCACACCGCCGAGAAAACGGGGUCCCAAGGCCGCAGGCCCGGCGACACCCACCCCAAGCGCCGUCGGCCUCAUCGCCGAACGCGUCAACGGCACCGCGAAGAAGCCCAAGGCCAAGGCCGUAAGCCGCCUCGCUAACCCGAAACUCACCAACGCUCCCGUCAUCUCACCCGAGACGUCGAGGGUCAUCGCGUCCCGUUCCGUUGAGGCGGCAUCUCCCUCCAAGGCACCGACGGGGGGAAGUGCCCAACGAGGAGACGCAAAACGAACAACCACGGCCAACAUCCUCGAGGAAGCGUGCCGCCAUCUCAUCGAGGUCGACGAGCGCAUGAAACCCCUCAUCGAGAAGAAUUACUGCCGCGUCUUCUCGCCCGAAGGUCUCGCUGAAAAAGUCGACCCCUUUGAGAGCCUCUGCAGCGGCAUCAUCUCCCAGCAGGUCUCGGGCGCCGCGGCACGAUCCAUCAAGAACAAGUUCGUCGCUCUCUUCACAACAGACGAUGAAGCCGAAGCCGAAGCCAACCCCGAAGCAACUGAGUCGACAGUGUCCGGGUCUGGGUCCUCCAAGAAGUUCCCCCAACCGUCAGAAGUAGCCGCCCGCUCAAUCGAGAACCUCCGCACCGCAGGCCUCUCGCAGCGGAAAGCAGAGUACAUCAAAGGCCUAGCCGAGAAAUUUGCGACGGAGGAGCUGAGCGCCCAGAUGCUCGCAGACGCGCCCUACGAAGAAGUGCGGGACAAGCUCAUCGCCGUCCGCGGGCUGGGCCUGUGGUCCGUCGAGAUGUUUGCGUGCUUCGGGCUCAAGAGGAUGGACGUGUUCUCGCUGGGCGACCUGGGCGUGCAGAGGGGGAUGGCGGCCUUUGUCGGACGGGACGUGGCCAAGCUCAAGGCCAAGGGCGGCGGCAAGUAUAAGUACAUGUCGGAGAAGGAUAUGACGGAGAUGGCGAGCCCGUUUGCGCCGUAUCGGAGCGUGUUUAUGUGGUACAUGUGGAGGGUCGAGGAGACUGAUAUAAGCACACUGGAGUGA